UGCGCUUCCAAACAAUUGUUACGGAAAGCGACGCAUUCCUGCUCCGGAUACCGCGGGCGGCUUCGGCUUCUUCGCUCGGAUUUAUUUCCAACAUUGCGGUAGUUCACCAGGCAAAAUCGUCCCGCCGACUGCACGCGCAGUCCGAAAUAACAAUAGCCGAUUGUCGGUGUUUUUUUUUAUUAGAUAGUAAUAAGGGGGGAAAGGGGGCAGGGUUAGCAUUUUUUCCACCCUUCCUGGCGGAAGGAGACAGUUCGAAAGGCAGCGCGGUCGCUGCACUCUGUCAACGGCGUGAGAGGAUCGGGGAGUCCGAAUGGAGCGACCGGGAAGCGGAGCGGCAUUGUGACCGGACCGGAGCCCGAGUCGCAGCGGAGCGAAGCGGAUCGGAGCGAUGAGAUCCCCGCACUGAAUAGGAGUCGCGGGGCCAGCGCGCAAAAAAGGGAGAAAGAUGGGUGCCCUUUUACGUACCCUGCUCUGCUGUAGUUUUUGUUCUUUAAUGCGAGGUGAACCCCUCCUGCUAUAUGCCAAUCGGCGGGACCUGCGGCUGGUGGAUGUGGCCCAGGGGGGGAGCAACGCCACCGUGCUGGUGAGCGGGCUGGAGGACGCGGCGGCCGUGGACUUUGUCUUCGCCCAAGGCUUCGUAUACUGGAGCGACGUGAGCGAGGAAGCCGUCAAGCGGGCCACCUUCAACUGGUCUGGGUCCUCUCAGCAGAGCACGGUGUUGUCGGGCCUGCAGUCCCCAGAUGGCCUGGCCUGCGAUUGGCUGGGCUCCAAGCUCUACUGGACGGACUCUGAGGCCAACCGCAUCGAGGUAGCCAAUCUGGAUGGGUCGCUGCGGAAGGUGGUUUUCUGGCAGGAGCUGGACCAGCCAAGGGCCAUUGCCGUGGAUCCCACUAGAGGGUUCAUGUACUGGACAGACUGGGGGGAAAUACCCAAGAUCGAGCGUGCUGGGAUGGACGGAACAAGCCGCUCGGUCAUCGUUGACAGUAACAUCUACUGGCCCAAUGGGCUGACGCUGGACUACGAGCAGAAGAAGCUGUACUGGGCUGAUGCAAAGUUCAACUUCAUCCACCGGAGUGACCUGGACGGCAGCUUGCGGGAGGUGGUGGUGAAGGGAUCUCUCCCGCACCCCUUUGCCCUCACACUGUACCGCGACACGCUCUUCUGGACCGACUGGAACACGCACUCCAUCCACUCCUGCAACAAGCACACCGGCGAGGACCGGCGCGAGGUCCACACCAACAUCUUCUCACCCAUGGACCUCCACGCCUACAGCCAGGAGAGGCAGCCCCACGUGUCCAGCCCCUGCAUGGUGGCGAACGGCGGCUGCUCCCACCUGUGCCUGCUGUCUCCCGUGAAGCCCUUCUACCAGUGUGCCUGCCCCACGGGAGUUCAGCUACUGGAAGACCAGCGUACCUGCCGACAGGGUGCCACGCAGAUACUGCUCCUGGCACGGCGAACAGACCUGCGGCAGAUUUCCCUGGACACGCCCGACUUCACCGACGUUGUGCUGAACAUGGAUGAUGUCCGUCAUGCCAUCGCCAUUGACUAUGACCCUGUGGAGGGGCUGGUCUACUGGACAGAUGAUGAGGUACGAGCCAUCCGCCGCUCCCGGUUGGACGGCAGCAGCAGCCAGUUCGUGGUCACCUCUCAGGUCAGCCACCCAGAUGGCAUCGCCGUGGACUGGGUCGCCCGGAACCUCUACUGGACCGACACGGGCACAGACCGCAUCGAGGUCACUCGGCUCAAUGGUACCAUGCGCAAGAUCCUCAUCUCGGAGGACCUAGAUGAGCCUCGAGCCAUCGUCUUGGAUCCCACAGCUGGGUACAUGUACUGGACGGACUGGGGUGAGAUUCCAAAAAUUGAGCGUGCUGCUUUAGAUGGCACCGACCGUGUAGUCAUGGUCAACACCUCCCUGGUCUGGCCCAACGGGCUGGCGUUGGACUAUACAGAGCGCAAGAUCUACUGGGCCGAUGCCAAGACAGACAAGAUCGAGGAGAUGAACAUGGACGGGACAGGCCGCAGGGUCCUGCUAGAUGACAAGCUGCCUCAUAUCUUUGGCUUCACCCUCCUCGGCGAAUUCAUCUACUGGACGGACUGGCAGCGGCGCAGCAUUGAGCGUGUGCACAAGCACUCUGCCGAGCGCGAGGUCAUCGUAGACCAGCUGCCCGACCUCAUGGGGCUCAAAGCCACCUACAUGCACAAGACAAUAGGUACCAACCCCUGUGCGGAGAACAAUGGGGGCUGCAGCCACCUGUGCCUGAACCGGCCGCAGGGGGUCCAGUGCGCCUGUCCCAUCGGCCUGGAGCUCAUCGGCGACAUGAGCACCUGCAUCGUCCCCGAGGCCUUCCUGCUCUUCUCCCGCCACACAGACAUCCGCCGCAUCUCCCUGGAGACGAACAACAACAAUGUGGCGAUCCCCCUCACCGGUGUCAAGGAGGCCUCCGCCCUGGACUUUGACGUGACGGACAACCGCAUCUACUGGACGGACAUCACGCUGAAGACCAUCAGCAGAGCUUUCAUGAACGGUAGCGCCCUGGAGCCCGUGGUAGAGUUUGGCCUGGACUAUCCCGAGGGAAUGGCAGUUGACUGGCUUGGCAAGAACCUAUACUGGGCCGACACUGGCACCAACCGCAUCGAGGUGGCCAAGCUGGAUGGGCAGCACCGGCAGGUCCUGGUUUGGAAGGACCUGGACAGCCCAAGGGCCCUGGCUCUAGACCCAGCUGAGGGGUUUAUGUACUGGACGGAGUGGGGUGGGAAACCUAAAAUCGACCGUGCAGCCAUGGAUGGAACUGGCCGCGUCACCCUGGUCCCCAACGUGGGCCGGGCCAAUGGCCUGACCAUCGACUACGCCGAGCGGAGGCUGUACUGGACGGACCUGGACACGACUCUCAUAGAGUCGUCCAACCUGCUUGGCCUGGAACGCGAGGUCAUAGCAGAUGACCUACCGCACCCCUUUGGUCUGACGCAGUACCAGGACUACAUCUACUGGACGGACUGGAGCCAGCGCAGCAUUGAGCGUGCCAACAAGACCAGCGGGCAGAACCGCACGGUGAUCCAGGGCCACCUGGACUACGUGAUGGACAUCCUGGUGUUCCACUCGUCGCGGCAGUCGGGCUGGAACAUCUGCGCCUCCACCAGCGGCCACUGCUCCCACCUGUGCCUGGCCGUGCCCGUCAGCGGCUUUGUGUGCGGAUGCCCCGCCCACUUCUCUCUGAACAACGACAACAAGAGCUGCAGUGCCCCCACCUCCUUCCUGCUCUUCAGCCAGAAGACGGCCAUCAGCCGCAUGGUGAUGGACGAGCAGCAGAGCCCCGACAUCAUCCUGCCCCUGCACAGCCUUCGGAAUGUGCGCGCCAUCGACUACGACCCCCUCCACCGGCACCUCUACUGGAUCGACGCCAAGCAGAACGCUAUCCGCCGGGCCCAGGAGGAUGGAAACCAGAGCAUAAGUGUGGUUUCUGGCAUGCCGGGAGGCCUUGGUCUACAGCCUUAUGACCUCAGCAUCGACAUCUACAGCCGCUUCAUCUAUUGGACCAGCGAAGUGACCAACGUCAUCAACGUAACGCACAUAGACGGCCGCGGUGUGGGCGUGGUGCUCCGCGGGGAGCACGACAGGCCCCGUGCCAUCGUGGUCAACCCGGAGAGGGGGUACAUGUACUUCACGAAUCUGCAGGAGCGCUCACCCAAGAUCGAGCGCGCGGCGCUAGACGGCACGGAGAGAGAGGUGCUGUUUUUCACCGGUCUGGGAAAGCCUGUGGCGCUCGCCGUGGACAACGAAGCAAGCCGGCUCUUCUGGGCGGAUGCCGACCUGCGGCGUAUAGAGAGCAGCGAUCUCACCGGCGCAAACAGGGUGGUAAUGGAGGACUCCAACAUCCUCCAGCCCGUCGGGCUGACCAUCUUUGAGAACCACCUGUAUUGGAUUGACCGGCAGCAGCAGAUGAUCGAGCGCAUCGACAAGACUACCCGCGAGGGCCGCACCAAGAUCCAGGCCCGCAUCUCCUCUCUGAGCGACAUCCACGCCGUCCAUGCUCUCGACAUGAAGGAAUAUAGUAAGCACCCCUGUACCUCGGACAAUGGCGGCUGCUCCCACAUUUGCGUCGUGAAGGGCGACGGCACCACUCGUUGCUCCUGUCCCAUCCACCUGGUGUUGCUGCAGAACGAGCUCUCCUGUGGAGAGCCUCCCACUUGCUCCCCAGAGCAAUUUUCCUGCGCCUCUGGCGACGUGGACUGCAUCCCGCAGGCAUGGCGCUGCGAUGGCAUCGCCGAGUGUGAGGAUGGCAGCGAUGAGCGUGACUGCCCUGUGUGCUCGCCACUGGAGUUCCAGUGCGCCAGUAGGCAGUGCGUAGCCCUAGAGCUGCGCUGCGAUGGCGAGGCCAACUGCCAGGACGCGUCCGACGAGAACGAGUGCACAACACACUGUCCUGUGGACCAGUUCAGCUGCGCUAAUGGCCAGUGUGUCGGCAAGCACAAGAGGUGCGAUCACAACAUGGACUGCACUGACAACUCUGACGAGCUCGGCUGCUACCCCACAGAGGAGCCGCCGCCCCCACCCACCAGUGCUGUGGGCUCCAUCGUGGGCGUGGUCCUCGCGCUCUUCGUGGUGGGCGCCAUCUACUUCGUAUGCCAGCGUGUCUUCUGCCCACACGCCAAGGAUGAUGGCGAGGCCAACGACUUCGUGGUCCACGGUCCAUCGUCCAUGCCGCUGGGAUACGUGCCGCACCCCAACUCGCUCUCCCGGUCACUUCCAGGUAUGUCUCGUGGAAAGUCGGUAAUGGGGUCCCUCAGCAUCAUGGCAGGCAGCAGUGGGCCACCCUAUGACCGGGCCCAUGUCACAGGGGCAUCCUCCAGUAGCUCCUCAAGCACCAAGGGUUCUUACUUCCCUCCGGUCCUGAACCCUCCUCCAUCACCUGCCACAGAGCGGUCCCACUACACCAUGGAGUUUGGUUACUCCUCUAACAGUCCCUCCACACACCGUUCCUACAGCUACAGACUCUACACCUACCGGCACAUUGCCCCGCCCACUACACCCUGCAGCACAGACGUGUGUGACAGCGACUGCACGCCAGGCCGUCGCAUCAUCGCGCCGGCCAAGGGCUACACCAGCGACCUCAACUACGACUCUGAGCCCUUUCCCCCGCCUCCAACGCCCCGCAGCCAGUAUCUGUCAGCGGAGGAGAACUGCGAGAGCUGCCCCCCCUCACCCUACACCGACCGCAGCUACUCCCACCAUCUUUACCCUCCACCUCCAUCCCCAUGCACGGACUCCUCCUGAGCCACGCCCACUUUCUCUGGCCCCGCCUUCCCCUGUAAAUACCAUUUGUGCAUAUGAGUAAGAGGAUAUUAUGGGGGGGGGGUUUUGUACAGUAUUAAAAUAUAAAGCCAGGACGUCCUGGGAUAGGGGAUUGUUGGGGCACGUUGUACAGUGAAGUAUUUAUAUUUUCUAUACCGCAUCUAUGGGUGCCAAAAGUUUGUAUUAUGAAGAGAAUUUUGUACAUUAUAUAACUAUACAAAUUUAUAAAAAUUUGCCACAAAUGAGAAAUGCUGCCUUAAUCCCAAAGUCUGAAACAGAAGACGCUGCCUUGACAUGGGGCUGAAAGCAAGCAAUCCAGAGGAGAGAGACACUUAGCUAAUGCCAAAAAUGGGGCGCCUCGGAGGGGCUGCCUGAAUUCAGUCUGUCAGGACUACGGAGCUUGUCCUGACCACCUCUGCCGCCCUGCCAUCACACUGUGGGAAACCAAAGAGCCAAUGAAGCAGUAGAAGGCCACAGGGUGCUGAACAUCAGCCCAUGCUGGGUAACUGGUUCACCCCAAAGCCUGGUCUCUUCCUCUUUCUCCUCUUCCAGCUCUCUAAGGGUCUCACUUGUUCACACUGGACUACACCCACCUACAGGGAGUAGACAUCCCAGAGCAGAGACGGAUGUGUUUGAGCACAGAGAUGCCAUAGUGGAAUAUGGCAGCUCAGUGUGACUCCCCCACCCGUGUUGAUGGAGUUAACAUUCAGAAGCGAUUAACCAAACAUACAUUCUUGGUUCUAAAGUCUUUCUCUUUUUAAAUAAAUCAUGUCAGGCUACAGCUGUAAACUGAGACAAACGGCAUGCUGUGGUUCUGCUUAAUACCCCCCCCCCCCCCCCCCCCAGAGGAAGGGAAGAGCACCACCUAGUGUCUGACUCAUGCCAAAACUUUUAAUCUUUUAAACUCGGUGCCCACAGAAUAUUUUCAUAUUUUUGUACCAUGUAUUGUGUAGAUAUCAUAUUUAUAAGCUAUUAAAAACCUCAUAUUAGGUUAUUGUAAAUGUAUCCACUAUAUCCUUGCAGUACUUGUGUGUUUCUGCUGUAAAUGAAACCCUAUCUAUUUUUCUAUUGUGUGUAAGUCUGUAUAGAGACAAUCUAAGGCAGAUCAUUUGAAGAGAAUGCGCAGAUAUCCAUGUAUUAUUAAUAUUAUUAUUAUUAUAUUUUUUUACCCAGGCAAAUUAUCAUUCUGUUUCUCCUUUGCUUGAUUUGCUUGAUUUAAUAAUUAUUCUACACAUGACUAGUUAUACCACGGUCACCUCAAGGUGUUUCUCUUUGAACAGCAAACGCAUCCCUGGACAACACAAGAGUUCAGCCCCCCUUGGCUGGAUGUCUUCACUGUACUGUGUUGAUCCUGGGUUCAGUACAUUAAGUUGUCAUGUUUCAGGGCUCAAGACCAAAUCCCCCCCCCCCCCCCAUAUUUUCCGCUCUGCGAGAUAUUGGAGGCUCACUUUCGAAUUUCUCCCACUGUGAAAUGCCCAGCCUCGAACUACUGCCUGUCUGCAUCUCAUUUAGCGGGAUGAGUUCAGGCUGGACUGAUGUCUGGUGAACGCCAGCUCCCAUGCCUGAUUGGCCGGGAAGGACAAUUUACUGUCUUUUUGGAAUAAUGGAUUAAGAGAAAUUUACUGGCUCUUGGAACGUUUUUUUUUUUUUUUGCUUGCCAAAGUGCUCUAAAUAGUUUAGCUCUGACUUUGACAGUCUGUUGGCAAUAUCUUUGACUUGACUGCAAUCAAGGCUUCACAUCUAUGUUUGAUUAACUCCCAAAGGGCUUCGGUCUUCUCUGCCUGCUGCUGAACUGGACCUUUGAUGAAGGACCCAUGUGCCAUAUGCGUGUACCUGUGUGCAGUUCCUUGGGCAGACUUGAGCGGCAGGGGCAGAGUUGUGCUGUUCUGCUAAACUCCUGAAGUGUCUGUAAAUGGGGCCGCGUUGGUUUUGGUUUCCUCGUGUCGAUUAGUUUGCCUGUAAGUGAACCAGGAUGGAUCCGUACAAUGUACUUCUCUGGCCUCUCCAUGCAGAAAUCACUUUCUCUUUUUAUAUUAAAUUGUAGCAGUAAAACCACUUUUAAUAUAUUAAACUUCUCAGCAUUUGCUGACGGCAGAACCUGUUGAGUCCGUAGCACCCUGGCAGCUCGGCAUCCAUCGGCACGCAUCUCCAACACCUGUCAGACACAGUCCUGUCAUCCUGUCACCUACUGCAUCUGGCCCCUGACCACUGCCUGUGAUAAACUAGCUUAAUGAUGUUUUCCUUCUUGACUGCACUUUACGGUACUCUUGGUAGUUGCUGAUGUAAUAGUUCAUUUAGGAGAGUUUGUUACCCCUUAUGCCUGAGCAAAUUUCCUAAUUUUUGUUUUAAUUCCUUCAUCUGACAUGAUCUACCUGAAUGUAGUAACACAAGUUGUAGAUGUUUCAGAUCUUUACUAUAGGGUUUAGUCACCUAUAACUGACAAAGGGUUAUAAUAAUUGGUAACCAAAGGAAUUAUUUUGGAUUGCUAAAUUUUCAAAUAGGGAAAAUGUACCUCAAAAGAGGUUUAUAUUAAACUUCUUGGCUUUGGUUUUCAUUUUAGCCUCAAAACAAACGUAGCCUUUCAGAAAACUUUUGUGAAGAAAUGUUAUGCUACCUGCCGGUUGGCUUAGCUUGUUUUGGGAGAUUUAAUAUUAAAUUUAACUUAAGCUUUAGCUGCAUGGAUGUCCAUGGUAAGAGUUGCUUGAGGUAAAAAUUAAAAGCACUUUUGGUUCCAGGACAUUGGAGAAGCUAAGCUGACAGGGCUGAGCAUCGGAAAGGCCGUUCUGGCUGGGGGGUCCUCAUGAAGCUGUUUGUUACUGUGGUGCUUUGCAGGCGUGACUUCAGGAUAACCAACAUUUGGUUAAUCAUAUCCACAAUGUUCCACUAACCCUUUGUAAAUUGCUUUUCAUGUACAACAGUGUAUAAAACCUGUACAGCCCAUAUUAUAUAUCUUUAUAAGCUGUUGUAACAAAUUAAAUGUUGAUUUUUUUAUAAGAAGAA